AUGGACAAGAAGAGGCCACGUUCUGACGAAUUAGCCAAUAACGAAACCAAUCCACGACGAAGCCAUUCAUACCGGCAGUUUCAAAGCUUGAAUAAUGGCACUGCUGCUACUGCAGAUUAUGCACAGAACGCAUCACUAACAAGACGGUUGUUCAUCUCCAGGUUGAAGGAGAAUAUCAACAAACCGCCACCACUGGGAUUGAGACUACACGAGACAACAAUCAAAUCAAUACGAGAUACUAUGAAUGCUAGUUAUGAAAGAACAAGAAACAGUGCACCAUUAAUGGCCAAUAAUUUACCGGCUGACUUUUUUCCUGCUACUAGUCUUAAGAUUGGAGAAUAUAAGUUUUUGGCUACACAUAAAGGUACUUUGAUGGUUGGAUUUUACUAUGCUACAAAAAAACUUGCGUGGGAAAUAUUUGAUAUAGAUGGUCGGAUUAAGUACAAGAUUGAAGUACCAUGGCAAAACAUUAUGGGCAUGCAAGCCAUUGUAGAAGAAAACAAGUCUGAAAUUCUUCAAAUUGAGCUGGCUAAGGCACCACCAUUCUUUCGCCACAUUGAUCCAAAUCCACGAAGUCAUCCUCAAUGGGAGCCAUCAAAAGACUUCACUGGAGGUCAUGCUUUGAAAUACCGGAGACAUUACCUUGGGUUUGCUUUGGGAGAUCUUAGCAAAAAUUACCAGAAGCUCAUACAAUCUGAUAAUCGGUUAUUAGAGUUGAGCCGCCAAAUACCUUCUUCAAGAUUAAGUUCUCCCUUUUUUUGA